AUGGCUAGCUAUAAAGGCUUGGUGUGUCUCCUUGCUGAAGAAAUAGUUAAAGUUUCUAAGCUAAGCAAAACAGACUAUGAACUUCUCAAAGCUUUAGAGCUGCCUAUGGGUUCUAAGGUGAGUAAACCAACUCUUUUAGUUUCUUGGAGGAAAUCUACUGUUGGUUGGGUAAAACUCAAUGUAGAUGGGAGUUGUGUUGGUAAUCCGGGACCUUGUGGAGGUGGGGGAGUGAUUAGGGAUCAUUAUGGUAAUUUGGUUGCUGGUUUAUGUGUUAAAUAUGGUUAUGGAAGCAACAAUGAAGCGGAAUUGCGUGCUGUUAUUACUGGGGUAGAGCUAUUUAAAGAGUUGGGUUUUCAACGAGUAGAUAUUAGGUUUGAUUCAGCAGUAAUGGUAAAUUGGUUAACACACCGUUUAUGUAAGAUAUGGUAUUUGUGGGAUUAUUGUGAUGAGUUAUUAAAAUUGCUUAGCGGCAUCAGUUUCACUAUCUCUCAUCAGUAUAGAGAAGUAAAUAGAGCAGCAGAUCUUCUAGCCAGACAAGGGGCGGAUGGUGUCUCGAUGAGGUACAUGCACUUAGACCAAAUACCAAAUUUGUUAAAAGGAGGAAGAUACAGCAAAACUGGUGCAGGAAACUGGGUUGCAACUAAAAUAGAUCAACCAGAGAAAAAGGAAUUGGCACAGUAA